AUGUCUAUCGUUUCUCUGGCUUCGGGCGAGCCCACAUGCACGCUGGAUGAUCUGGAGAGUAUCUGUGGUUCGAAUAACUUCUCAAUCGAGCCUGGCAGUGUCAAUGAAUCGAACUUUCUCUUGUUUGCCAACAGUUUCGAUGCUGUUUGCAAGGCUGUUCAAGAUUUGCCAGAAUACGAAGAUCCACGACUGAAGCCCGUUCCCGUGGAAGGCGGCGACAGGACAUUCUACAGGCCGGACGAGAAUGAUAAUCCAUUAAAUGGCUGGGCACACAAGACUAUCUUAAAGGCCGCGGAUCCAGAAUCUGCGAAAGGGCCUCUUGCAGGUAGAACAGUCGCCUUCAAGGACAACGUCUCCGUUGCAUGCUUGCCGCUUACACUGGGCGCCUCUGCUAAGCAUUUCCAAGACGGCAAACAUCCAAUCAGCACCAUCGAUGCAACCGUCGUCAAGCGAGUACUCGAGAGUGGAGGCAUUGUCAAGGGCACGGCCACCUGCGAGAACUUCUCCGCCUUCGCGCUGAGCUUUACUUCUAAUUCCGGCGUCGUUCACAAUGCACACUUGCCAGGGUACGCCACUGGCGGCAGUAGCAGCGGAUGCGGUGCUCUUGUGAGCAUAGGAGACGUUGAGGAUGCAAGAAAGCAGGGCAAAGACACGAAGACUUGCCCUCUUGGCGAAGGCGUCGACAUGGCCAUUGGAGGCGACCAAGGAGGCUCUAUACGCUUGCCCGCCAGCUACAGUGGGAUUUAUGGCCUGAAGCCAACUCAUGGCCUCAUCCCAUACACCGGCAUUGCCCAUCUGACUCCCAUGAUCGAUCACACCGGCCCGAUGUGUCGGACGAUUGAAGACACCGCUCUCUUGCUAAGAGUCCUUGCUGGCUGGGACGGCAUCGACCCACGGAUGACACCAGAAUCGCCAUUGCAAUCGAAGGUGCCGGACUAUGCUUCCAAUCUCAAGACUUGGAUAUCGUCAAAGCAAGCCAGCGAAGAAUGGAACAGCAAAUCUGCCGCUAAAGGCCUUCGAAUUGGCAUCCUCAAGGAAGCAUUCGAAGUCGCCGGUCUCAAUUCAUCCGUCAAGGAGACCGUAAACGCAGCUGCGGAACGCUUCAAGGCUCUUGGAGCGGACGUCAAGGAGAUUUCGAUUCCUUUGCACAAGUACGGUGCCGCAAUCUGGACAGUGGCAUCAAGGCCCUCAAUGCCGCACUAUAUCGCCAACAGGCCAAGCGACCUGUUAUCACACACUCUUCCGGGUCUAGAUCCUCUACCUAUCGACCAAGACUUCUUUGACAUCCUAUCAAAUCGCAACCCCGCUGUCGUCAACGUCCUCUUGAACGUCGCGCAUCUCGAACGCAGGUACGGACCUUCACUGACACGCAAAGCCCACAUGCACGUCCACCAACUCCGCGAAGCGUACGAUCAGGCCCUCGAAGAAGUCGACGUCCUCCUGACUCCCGUGAAUCCUACCGUUGGCCCUCUGCAUCCCAAGGGAACGCUGAAGACCGAGGACAAUCCGAACGGCUUUACUGAACAGAUCAUGGAACUGUUUGAGCCCGCGAUUGGCAACACAUUGAACACGAGCCCGUUUAAUGUAACGGGACAUCCGGCACUGAGCAUGCCUGUAGGAUGGGGCAAGGUGAAAGAUGGCGGGGGAAGACUGCCUAUUGGAAUGCAGGUCAUUGCGAAGAAGUGGGACGAGGAUAGUAUCUUCAAGGUUGCGAAGGCGUGGGAGAUGGGUGGGCAUUGGGCGGAUUCGUAG